AACAAGAAAUCAAUGUUUGUAUUCUUUUUGCUGGAUUUAUAUAAUCUACUGACGUGUUUUUAACUUUACAUAUCACAUGCCAUUUUGACAACUUUUCAAGCAUGAAUUUCGUUUCUUUACAUCUCUGUUUCAUUAAUGUGUGUGGAAGGUGUAUAUAUAUAUGUGUGUGUGUGUGCAUACACACACCUUCUCGACUUACGACCACAAUAAAUAAAUUUUAAAAAUCGAUUUUCGGACGUUGGGCAGCUGCGUGUACGAUGACUGGCAGCAUCUGGCAACGCAUGCGUCCCUCAGUCCCAGGCACCCACUGCCUGUCACCGUCUCUCACUCAGUCGCUUUCAAGCAUCCGUUGUGUGUGGAUUUGUUACAAUUGUAUCUGAGAUACCUCUAAAAUGAUUGGUAAAAGGAAAAUGCUUUCAUCUAUAGAUGCACCAGCUAAGAAACCAAGGAAGGCUAUUGAUUUAGACUGUAAAAUGAAGAUUAUUCGGCAGUAUGAAGGCGGAAAGAAAGUGAAUACAAUAGCACGUGACUUGAAGUUAUCGCAUUCCACGGUAUCAACAAUACUUAAGGGCAAAGAAAGAAUUCGUGAAGCUGUGAAAAGUUCUGUGCCUAUGAAGUCUACAAUUUUAACCAAACAACGACAGGGACCCAUCCAUGAAAUGGAGAAAUUGUUAUUCAUGUGGAUGAAAGGUUUAAUACAGAAAAAAACACCCAUCAGCCUUCUUACAGUACAAACAAAGGCUAAAAGUUUGUUUCAGACUUUAAAAUCACGCUCCGGAGACGAUUACACACAAGAUUUUCAGGCUAGUAAAGGGUGGUUUAUACGUUUUAAAAAAAGAUUUGCUUUACAUAAUGUAUGUGUUAUAGGAGAAGCAGGAAGUGCAGAUGAAGAAGGAGCCCAGAAAUUCGGUGAUAGUUUUGACGAAUUAAUUGAAGGUUAUCUACCAGAACAUAUAUUCAACGUAGACGAAACAGACUUGCUAUGGAAACGAAGGCCUACUCGAAAAUUUGAAGCUCCCAUUGAAAAAUCAGAACUUAAUUCCAUUCAGUCUUCUCAACAUUCUGUUGAAACAAGAAAAUUACAAAAAGUCACUGUUGAAAAUGAUGCAAAUUUGAAGCAGCAAACCAAAGCAACAACUAGAGCACAGAGAAACCAAUUGAUCUCAGUCAACACAUCUAAUGAAGUGAAUUCAAAAUUAUGCAAAAAUAACAGUGAAAUCUUACUUCAUCCACAAUCAGUUGUACCUCCUGUUCAGGAGAAACGCAUUUUAGUGGUUCCAAAUCAUCAAACAGCAGUGAUGUCCAAUCUAUUUUCCAUGUGGAAAGCAGGGCGUUUGUGUGACUCGUACAUCAGUAAUGGUACUACAACUAUAAUGGUCCAUAAAAUGGUUUUAGGAGCUGUGUGUCCAAAAUUGCUGCCAAUUCUCCAUCAUUCAUCAAAAGGUUCAUUUCCUAAAGUGACAUUUCCAAGUUCAGUCAGUAAAGAGGGACUUUUAGCAUUUGCAGAAUACAUGUACAAUGGUGUGGUAGAUCUGAAUGAAGAAAUUCUAGUCCAACUAAAGACUAUUGGUGAAAGAUUAAGUAUGAAAGAUUUUGAACAACUUUGCUGUAAUGAAUUGAACAAAGCUAAGACAAAAGAUAUUUUAUCAGCUGUGGUGGAACCUUUGUUGGCAGAACCUUGUUCUUUGUCAGGAUUAUUUCCUUCCAGAACACAGGGAGACAUUAACAAAAUACAAAAUUCUAUGUUAAUUAACUUGUUUAGAAAUAAUUACAGCAAUAGUAAUAACAUGCAGCCUGGUGUUCUUGUUAGUACUGGAUCUAGUACAUCUAAUGUAAGGUCUGAAGAAAUUAUGACUACAAAUCAGAUCAUUGACAUCCAGAGUGAAGUAGAACCAGAGAUAGAGUCUGCAACAAACCACAACUCUCUACAGUUAAAAAUAGAACCUUAUAGUCCUGAUGAAAACCAACAUAGUUUUCAAGAAGAAUUAUACAUGGAUAUUGGUAACACUAGUUCCAAUAAUAACCAUCAUCUACCACCUGCUACCAGUGCCACUUCUGGAAAUAUCAAUACAGACAAUGACUUAACAGUUACUUAUUCAGACAACCAGUAUAAAAAUGAUCUGAAUAUGGUUUCCAGUGAUAACAUCAAUAUAUCUGAUGCCCCUCAAUCUGAAGAGACUUGUUUAUCACAGCAUACAGAAAAUUGUGAUGAAGAUACUGAUAAUCAGAAAGAACUACAGUUAAUUUCAAUAACAUCUGUGGCAGGCAAUAUAAAUGAAGACAAUCUCAGCAAUAAUUCUGAUUUGGUAGAGACCUCCAGUACAAUGCCUACAAAUACAAAACAACUGCAAACAUCAAAUUCUAAACCAUACCCUAUUAGUUUAUUUUCUGUGAAUAACGGUGACUAUACAGCUGUAUAAUGUGCAGAUGUUCAAUUAAAUUUCCCAGCAUGUAAUAUUUUUUAACUACAAAUUUCAUGUUUCCUUUCAUUGUUUAAAACCAAAAUUCUUUUCUAGUAAGUUUUCUACCAAAUCAUCUCUUUCAUAUGAGCUUCUUCAUUGCCUCUACUAUCAAUAAUCUUCUUAAAUAAAAUGUCUGCUAUGCCUUACUGAACCACAUUUUUUUAAAGAAAAAAACAAGAGAGAACAUAUUUUCUUUUAUACACUUGGUUUGUGCAACAUUUUCUGGUUAUUUUUUGUUUUGUGGGGGGGGGGGUUGUAACAAAGAGACAUUUGAUUUUUAACAAUCAUAAUUAUUGCGUAAUUGUCAAUGGAUUUGUUAUUUUUUGAAGACAAACAUUCUAAAUUUUUAUUAAUAAACUUUUAGAAGAAAUUUUUAA